AUGAUCUCCUCCCUGUCAGAGAUGAAGGACCUCAGGUCACCUCUAGACCGUCUCCCGCUUGUCAUCCAACAUCCUUCCUUCUUCGAGAAUCCGGCUCAACACCUCUCGUCGUCGCGUUCGUCUUCCGCGGCGGGGCACCAUACUUGUCUUGACGGGGACCAACUCUUCCACCUGGAAUAUAAACCAAAGUACAUCGUCAAGGAUCGUCGCGCCGGCAAUGGCGUGGAUGUGGAUGACGCCGUGGAGCGCAAGGAUAGCGUCAUGACCGAUAUUGCCGGCGCGGAUGACUCUCUCGAUGACAAGACAUCUUUGUCUGUGUCACCGCAGUCAUUGUCGUCGGUUUACUCGUCCGAGUCGGGCGGUGGUGGUGAAGAGCGGACCGAGGUGAUGAUGACGGUCCGCAAGUUGGUGAGGGAGUUUGAUGAGGAGGGGGAGAGCAGUACCGCGCCCUCCGAGGAGGAGAAGAAGAAGGCCGAGGAGAUGGAGAUGGAGAAGCGUAAGAAGGAGAAGGAGGUUCGGCAGAAGGAGGUGGAGAAGCAGCAGCAGAAGAUGAACAAGAAGAGGAAGAAGAGAGACUCCGUGGCCUUGUUGUCUGGUAGUCCGUGGGGCGGCGACGCUCGAUGGAUGAAUGGGCGACGAGGGGGCAGUAGGAAUGGAGGCCACGACGCUCCCGGUAUCUUUCUUCAACCCGAGGCUCCUCGGCGUUCGCCUCCGACGCCGAUUGAUCCCGUUGGCGUGUUCCCGCCCGAGCUGAAGAAGAGCAAAGAAGGGAAGAAGGCGAAGAAGGAAAAGAAAGAGGCUGAGAAGGAGGAGCUCCUGGUGCUGCCCAAGGUGCCGUGGUGCCACCAGAGCGGUGGGUGUCGCCAGAAGCGUGGACGCCGGAGGAGGAAGAUGGCCGGGUUCGCGGCGCGGUCGGUCGAUUUGCUGCGUCGGCUAUUCGGCGGGAAGGGCAGGGAGAAGGAGGACAGGAAGGGGAAGGGGAAGGGGAGGGCGAGGUGUCGGAUCUGUGGCGAUGAGUUGGGGUUUGCGGUUGAGCUGGCGGAGUGGCAAGAACAUAGAGAGUUGGGUUCUGCUGCUGCUGCUGCUGCUGCUGCUGUCAUGGGCAGGGAGUCAUCGAGCGGCUCUUGUGGAAAAAAGUUGGAAGCGGACUCGGACAGGAAGGGCAUGGAUCGAAUCGAGGCUGAUAUCACAGCGGUGGCGGAGUGUGAAUCACGUUCGACGCUGGCGACUGUUCGGCUCACAAAGAUCCCAGAGGCGUGGUGGACCACGAUAUAG